CUUGGAACGGUGCUGCGAAACAUCGAUCAUCAAUGCUAACCCGUGUUCGCAGCUCUACCACAGCCAGGAAGAUAGUAUUGUAUUAGUAACUGCCUUAGUGAUUGCCCGAUGUACACGAUUCGUGUGGAUUAGCUAGAGUCAAGAUAGUUUGCAGACUUCAAUAUCCCGGAUAGAGAAUGGCGGCUGGUACAGAGCAAUACAAAUUCGACCUGCAACGACGCGUACUUGAACACUGCUUGUUGCGUAUGAAAAAAGUUCGGGACGAAUACAACAUUCAACUGCAGGAACUGUUUUUUCUUCAGACGGGAGGCAACAUGAUGGAUUUCCUUGCGUGGAAACGGCGACCAAACAAGCAUCUAGAGGAGUUUAUGGCACAAAACCGACUGGACGAAGACGAUCUGCCAUCUUUGCCAUCGUCCGGUGGAACAAGUGGUAGUCUACUUCAUCAGAAACGAGAUGAUGUGUUCGUCAAUGAAGACAGUUUGCUAGGCAAUGUGACUAAUGGAGACAGAGGUGCAUCAGGAAACGCUGGCGCUAGCUCUACUGAGUACGGCUUGCGGCCACUUCAAUCGGUUUUAAGUGGACCGUCAUCACAAGAACAAAUCGCAAUGCAAGCGAAGCAAGAGGCAACUGUAUUGAAACGUGUGACUGAACUAACGAUGGAAGGUCUGUGGUCUUCAAAGAGGUUGCCGAAGGUGUACGAGCCGCCUAGAAAGAAAAGUCAUUGGGAUUAUUUGUUGGAAGAAAUGCAGUGGUUGGCAACUGAUUUUGCUCAGGAGAAGCGAUGGAAGAAAGCUGCUGCCAGGAAGUUGGCAACUUCUGUAUCGAAACUGCAUACUCAACGUUUGCAAAAGGAACAGCGAGCAGAAAAGGAAGAAGUUGCUAGACUGAAACGAAUUGCCAGCAAUAUUGCCAAGGAAAUUCGACAGUUUUGGGGCAAUGUUGGAAAGAUUGUUCAAUACAAACAACAUUGCCGGCUAGCUGAGAAGCGUAGGAAGGCAUUGGAUAUGCACCUAAACUUUAUUGUUGGUCAGACUGAAAAAUAUUCAUCUUGGCUGGUGGAAGGCAUGAGUGGAUCUGCUGCUCUAAGUACAACUACAUCAUCGAGGUCAUUGUCAAGGACGGGCAGUGGAAGUGAUUUGGAUGGGUCUGAAAGUGAGAGUGAUGAUGAGGCGACAAUUGAGAAGGAAGAAGAGGCAGCACCAAAUGAGGACAUACUGGCACAUGAUACAGAACUAAUGUUACUGAAGAAGGAAGCUGAUAUUGAUAUUGAUCAGUUAAAGAAGUUGCUUCCACCAGAAGUAUUUUCUGAACCUGCGCGACCAGUCAUUCGAGAUUCCAGCAACGAGUCUGAGUCGGAGGGACAAGAUGAAGAUGUUGACCAGCAAGAACCUUCCAUGGAGACUGACAGUCAGACAGAUGCAGCCAAAAGUGUAUCUGGUCCAAGGACUAGGUCUCGGGACUUUUCUGUUGAAGACACAACAUUGCCGGAAAAAGAUGCAGCAGAUGACAAGGACUUCACUGUGACGGAGGAGAUGGAACAAGGUGAAGGCGGUGAUGAUGAAGAUACAAUGGAACAGGAAGAAAAUGAAGAGGGCACAGUAGAUCACGACAAAGAGCUAGCUGAUUUGAAGGAAGAAGGUGCCAUGCCAGUAGAAGAAUUACUGAAGAUUUACGGAAAAGGUGGUCCUCCGUCUGAGACUUUAUCUGAAAGUGCAGAAGUCAGCUCACUAGCAGAAUCUGAAGAUGAGGAAGACGAAUCAGAUGAAAGCAGCAUGGAACCUUCUGAGGUCAAGGACGGCAUAGAACAGUUAAUACAAAGUGCAGAAAGUGCUGGUAAGGGUCCAGAUGAACUAAACAGUGUAGCAGCUGAAGCUGAACAGCUUCAACCAACCGGUAUCACUCUAGACAGCACGACUGUGAAGACACCCGUUCCAUUCUUGCUGAAACACAAACUGAGAGAGUAUCAACACAUUGGACUGGACUGGCUUGUUACCAUGCAUGAUAAGACACUGAAUGGCAUUUUAGCUGAUGAGAUGGGACUGGGAAAGACUAUGCAAACAAUUGCCCUGUUGGCUCAUCUUGCUUGUGAUAGAGGUGUAUGGGGGCCACAUCUCAUUGUUGUUCCUACUAGUGUUGUUCUCAACUGGGAAAUGGAAAUCAAGAAGUGGUGUCCUGCGUUCAAGAUACUGACAUAUUGGGGUAGUAUCAAAGAAAGGAAGAUCAAACGGCAGGGUUGGACGAAGAGCAAUACGUUCCAUAUUUGCAUAACGUCCUACAAGCUGGUAGUGCAAGAUAACCACAUAUUUAGGCGAAAGAAGUGGAAGUACUUUAUCUUGGAUGAGGCUCAGAACAUUAAGAAUUUCAAGUCUCAGCGAUGGCAAGUGCUGUUGAAUUUCAACAGUCAAAGACGUCUUCUACUUACAGGAACACCUCUCCAGAAUAGUCUGAUGGAGUUGUGGUCACUUAUGCAUUUUCUCAUGCCACGUGUUUUUGCAUCUCAUCAAGAGUUUCGGGAGUGGUUCUCUAAUCCUUUGACUGGCAUGAUUGAAGGCAGCCAUGAGUAUAAUGAGUCUCUUGUGAAGAGGCUGCACAAAGUGUUGCGACCCUUCUUGCUAAGAAGGUUGAAAACCGAGGUGGAGAAACAGUUGCCACGUAAAUAUGAACAAGUUAUUGGAUGUCGUUUGUCAAAGAGACAACGAUAUCUUUAUGAUGAUUUUAUGGGAAGAACAAAAACAAAGGAUACAUUGGCCAGUGGCAACUUUCUCAGUGUUAUCAAUAUAUUGAUGCAACUAAGAAAGGUUUGUAAUCAUCCUGAUUUAUUUGAAACUCGGCCGAUUGUUUCAUCUUUUAUCAUGGAAGGCAUCACAUUUUGCACAGCCUCCAUAGUUCUCUCAGCUCUCCACAAGGAUCCAUUUAAGGUGGUUGACUUGCCUUACAUUAAUGUGUCAUUUGUCGACUUUGAAGUUUCAAUGGAUGCUUUUGCUGCGGAACGGUCUCAUGGGCUUCAAACACCAAAGAAAUUAAUCGUGGAGCUGACGUCAUUAGAAUCUCAACCCGGACCGGACAUGCCUGGUGAUAAUGCCUUGCAUCAAGUAGUUGACGGGUCAUUGACAGCAAGUCCUGGACUACUACAUGAUGAGGAGGAAAUGACCAUGUUCAAUCAUCUUGCAUACAAUUCAGCAAGGCAGUAUUCUACAAGGGCAUCUGCUGUUCUGUCUAGUCAGAUUGGAGAUGGCAUGCCCCAAGCACUGCUUAUGCCUGGAGUUGUUCACAAACAAGCCAUGGCAUUAGACAGUAGACAAGACUAUAUUCAUCGUGUCAAUACUCGUCGAUGUUCAAGUCGACCACUUUAUGGGCUUGAUACUCGUGCUGUACUGGACAUCAACAGGCCGCACAAGGAAAAUGAUCCUUUUGACUUUGACCAUAGAAACUUGGAGCACUGGUCUUGGCAAGCUCGUAGCAAUUAUGCUUGUUCUCUUAUUCAUAGAACAGAUUUUUCCUUUAGUCAGUUGUACUGGCUUUGUUCUCAUUUGCUUCAAGAGGCAAUACACACUCCUAUUGACAGAGCACAACAGUUGGAUGACAUUUUGAAGAGAUUUAUCAUGUAUGUUCCCAAGGCAGAGUGCUGCUCUAUAGCAAUGCAUGCAUCACAUGCACCUCCAUCAAUGAUACGACGACAAACAUUAUAUCAUACAAUGCUGGACAAGAAGUUAUCUUCUUGCUCUUUAGUACUUCAUCCGGUUACUACAGCAAUGAAAAUGCAAUUUCCUGAAACAAGAUUAAUCCAAUAUGACUGUGGGAAGCUGCAAACUUUGGAUAGACUACUCAGACAGCUGAAGGUCAAUGGCCAUAGGGUAUUGAUUUUCACGCAGAUGACGCGGAUGCUGGACAUCUUGGAGGCAUUCUUGAACUACCACGGCCACACGUACUUUAGGCUAGAUGGCAGCACGCGAAUAGACAGACGACAGCAACUAAUGGAUCACUUCAAUAUGGACAAACGCAUUUUCUGUUUUAUCUUAUCAACUCGUUCUGGUGGCAUAGGAGUCAACCUGACAGGAGCAGAUACUGUUGUGUUUUAUGACAGUGACUGGAAUCCCACAAUGGAUGCUCAAGCACAGGAUCGCUGCCAUCGAAUUGGACAGACAAGAGAUGUUACGAUAUAUAGGUUGAUCAGUGAACACACUGUUGAAGAAAAUAUCUUGAAAAAAGCAAAACAGAAGCGGUUAUUAGGUGAUUUAGCCAUUGAGGGGGGAGGAUUUACAACAGACUUCUUCAAGCAACGUGAUAUUCGUGACAUAUUUGGCCUUGAAAAUGAUGGCAAUUCUAAGUCUAACAGUCAGGCCACAUCUGAGGCUGCUGACAUGACAGAGGAGCAGUUGGAGGAAGCUUUGGCUAAGGCUGAAGAUGAACAAGAUGUGUUAGCAGCUCAUCAAGCUACAGCAGAGCAGGUUGCUGAACUUGCUGAGUUUUCUGAGACUGCUACAGAAGAGCAACAGGGUGAAGGUCAGGCUGCUAUAAGUGAGGUAGAGCCUGAAAUAUCUAAAACAGAUCAAGAACUGGCAGAGCUGGAAAACCAAUUGACACCUAUCGAGAGGUAUGCUGUCUGCUUGGUUGAAGAUUCGAUGUCAGAGUUUAUGGAUUGGCAGCUGAAGGCUGCUGAAAAUCAAGUGGAACACGACAAGAAAAAUUGGGAACUUAGUCACUUGCAAGCAUUAAAGCAAGCUGAAGAAUUGAAGGCUGAAGAGGAAGAGGAGGUGAUGUUGACGUUUCCUCAAGAAGAAAUUCAGGAAAAGUGUUUCAUAAGAUUAGACACAGGAGAAGAGAUGCCUAUUUGGGCACCUCCAACUCCUCCAGAUGAUGCAGCUGAAGAUGCAGUCCAUUUGUACACUGACUACACACUUGCAUUAAUUUACGAUUUGGAAGUUAUGGAUAAGAGUCAAUUGCCUCCUAUUUAUGCUCCACGGAGAAAUGAUGAGGAUGGUCAUAUUCAGAAAAAGAGGAGGCUUGAUCCUUCUGCUAUUGCUGCUGCAUGGAAAGUACAUGCAGCUGAUACAUCGGACCUUUGGGGAUUGAGGGAGAGGCCUGUUCCCCCACCAAUGCUGUACUGCAGGAAAGGCCUUGAUUCAGAUGGCAAGGGUCGUCGACCAGGCCUUUUGCCAUCCAACAGGAAGAUGAAGCUGAAGAUACCAAACGUCUUGUCGUCAAGAGGUGAUGCAGUGGAUGAGGCAGAGUGGACUGUUUCUGAGGACUGGGCUUUGCUGCAGUCUGUUGCAGCUCUUCAAGAACUGAAUCUUGGAUUGCAAGUAGAGCAAGGUGGACACACACCAAACUGGGGAAUGGUAGCAGACGUUGUCAAUGCUCAGAGUAGCCUGUACAAGUCACCCAGACAGUGCCGAGACAGAUAUCUUAAUGUCAUUGCUCUCCGAGAAGAAGGAAAGCUGCCUGAUGACUAUCUGAAGAAGCUAAAGAAGAUGAAGGUUUUGUCUCACAUUAAGGUGAAUCGAAAUGCAAAAACUCAUGUUCAAGUGUCACAAGACAAGGGAGUGAGCGAGACCGACCUGAAAUCAACUAGAUUUGAUGUAAUUCGUUCUGCUUCUAUGAAAAGAACUGCAAUAGUGAAACCAAGGCAUGGUGGGAAUCACGCGACUGGUUCCCAGCAGACAGUGUUAGAGAAAAGUGGUGUUUCUGUGGACUCGCCAAUUCGUUCAUCUGAUCUUGCAGUUCAGAGAACUGAUAGGAUAGCCAGGGAGAAGCUUAGUGCUGCUAACAGCACUAGCAACAAUCGCGAGGGACAGGCACAGCAGCCUGUUGGUGCUGGACAACACAUUUACAAAGGCCAAGAGAGGCCAGCUUUGGUUUCAGUAUCUGGAGCUCAGCUGACAACUUUGUUGAGUCGAAAUCCAAUGCCUCAAUCUGUAACGCAAAUGGGAGUUCCACACCAGGUGACAAGUUUACCAACUUGCGCUGUUUCAAUUGCUGCAACUAAUGUAGCAGUUCAAGGAGCUCAAACAUUUAUUAAACGUGUGACAGCUAUCCCAGGUCAAGUUGUUGGUGUAAAACAAUCUCUUCCUGGAGGCACUACCGCUCUUCAUCAUCCUUCUCAAUCUUCUCAAAUUAUUCAUCAGCAACCCGUUGUUGCUAAAUCACAGUUGCCGGAUGAUUUUAAAGCUUGCUUGGCUCUUCAAGAAGAACGACAGAAAGCAACAAGACCGCAGAGUGACUCAGUUGUUGUAAGCACCACUCAGACUCACGCUCAGAAGCUGAUUGGACAGGCUGUCUCACAGCCAGGAAUAGGGAGCAGUGCAAGUAUGGUAACAGGACACGGUCAGCUGGCAACGUUGGUGCCAACUCAGCCACACCGAACAAUGCAUCAGUCUCAGAUUGGUGGAAUUCCUCGAAUGUCGCACGGUGGUGUCAGGCAGCUUUCUGCUCCUAUUGCACUGCAAGUUUUGCAGGGGCAUCCAAUGCAGAAAAGCCAACUUCAGCAACCAUUGCAAGCGAUGCAACGAGUCCCGCAACAUGCCCUCACAUUGACAUCUGGUGGCCAGCGAUUUGUCACAACAGUUCAGCAGGCAACAUCUCAGAUUCCCUCCUCACAGGUAGUGUCUCAACAGCAGUCGCAAGAGCAGUUGCAGGCUAAAUUGCUUUCAGGUCAAUUGAGGCAAACCCCUUCCCCAAUUCCUCAGCAACUGACAAUCCAAGGGAAACCAAUGCCAAGACCCACAUCCCUGCCCACUCCAACUCAAGCCAUACCAGUCACACAGGAAGGAUUCCAACCGAACACUCAAUCACACAUACGAACCCUCAAUCAGCCACAUCCUCAACAGCGCUUGCUUUCUCCUCAACAGCAGCAAGUUUUGGUGAGGGUACGACAUGUUCCGUCUCUUUCCCAACGCUUGCAGCAACCCCUUCCGCAACAGGCAAUGCAAGUACCUCGGACCUCUGCCACUCCUCCUGCUCCUAACAUACAGCAAGGAGAGGGAGAUCGGAUGCUUCCACCUCAAACUGGACAAGUGACGCCAGAAGGCAGACCAGCAUCAGCAUCAAGUCAGCCUCAAGUACAAUCUCCGGGGCAACCAAAGCAACUACCCGUGAGUCAACAAGGGCAAGCUCAAGCACAGACAAGACAGCCAUACAGCAUGCGUCCAAGGCACCCGUCCCGAUCAUCGUAGAUUAUUACACCUUUGCAAUGUUUCAUACACUCAUUAUGACAUUGAACUGUUGGCAAGCGAAAAACUGUUGAAUAUUUAAUUGCCCGUAUAUCUAGUAAACAGGAAAGUCAGGAUCAA